UUGUUGUAGUUGUACCUUCCCUGGUAGAUCUCAUCUCAACUAUUUCUCAGAUCUUUUUCUUGAGCAAAAGAAGAGGGAGUUUUUCUUACUUUAUAAUACUAAACCUUCAAGAAAUCCAAUGCCUUUCUUUGUCCCCAAAAUAUACACCACUUUUUCCAUAAUGACUCCGAACAUCUUCUCUAAAACACUCAUACCCCAUAACCCAGCAUUUUAACUCCCUCUAAACCAAAAACCAAAACCAUUAAAAAAAAACCAUAAUGAGACCCAAAGCCACACCCACCAUCCCAUAUCUCAAGUUCAUCAUUUUCUUCAUCAUAGAAGCACCCAUUGGCAUCUUCUUCAAUAACCAUUGUGAAGCCAAGACCUUAGCUUUGCCACUGAAAUCACAAGUGAUCCCAUCUGGGUAUCUCCCAAGACCCCCCAACAAGCUUCGCUUCCACCACAACGUGAGCCUCACAAUCUCCAUCACUGUUGGCACGCCCCCACAGAACAUGUCCAUGGUCAUUGACACAGGAAGCGAACUCUCGUGGCUCCAUUGCAACACUAACACAACCGCAACCAUACCCUACCCGUUUUUCAACCCGAAUAUCUCUUCUUCUUACACACCCAUCUCGUGCUCCUCGCCAACCUGCACGACUCGUACCCGAGACUUUCCCAUACCCGCUUCAUGCGACUCCAACAACCUCUGCCAUGCAACACUCUCCUAUGCCGACGCUUCUUCCUCGGAAGGGAACCUUGCUUCCGACACAUUCGGGUUCGGAUCCUCCUUUAACCCGGGAAUUGUAUUCGGUUGCAUGAACUCUUCCUACAGCACUAACUCCGAGUCGGACUCCAACACAACCGGGUUAAUGGGUAUGAACCUCGGGUCACUCUCAUUGGUUUCUCAGUUAAAAAUACCCAAAUUCUCGUACUGCAUAUCGGGUUCCGAUUUCUCGGGAAUUUUACUUCUCGGGGAGUCCAACUUCUCGUGGGGCGGGUCGUUAAAUUAUACUCCCUUGGUUCAAAUAUCCACUCCGUUACCUUAUUUCGACCGGUCCGCAUACACGGUCCGCCUCGAAGGAAUUAAGAUUUCGGAUAAGUUGUUAAAUAUAUCGGGUAACCUAUUUGUUCCGGAUCAUACCGGAGCGGGUCAAACCAUGUUUGAUUUGGGUACCCAGUUUUCGUAUUUACUCGGGCCGGUUUAUAAUGCAUUAAGAGAUGAGUUUUUGAACCAAACAAAUGGUACAUUACGGGCACUGGAUGAUCCGAAUUUUGUUUUCCAGAUAGCAAUGGAUCUUUGUUACCGGGUGCCCGUUAACCAGUCCGAAUUGCCCGAGUUACCGAGUGUGAGUUUGGUUUUUGAAGGGGCCGAGAUGCGGGUUUUUGGUGACCAACUUUUAUAUCGGGUACCCGGUUUUGUUUGGGGCAAUGACUCGGUUUAUUGCUUCACCUUUGGGAAUUCGGAUCUUCUUGGUGUGGAGGCAUUUAUCAUUGGACAUCACCAUCAACAGAGUAUGUGGAUGGAGUUUGAUCUUGUGGAACAUAGGGUUGGAUUGGCUCAUGCACGUUGUGAUUUGGUUGGGCAAAAGUUACUUGGUUUGGUCUGAGUGGACUCACUUUUACUUCCUUGGGGGUAUUGUAUUUUGCAUCCCAAUUAUUACUUUUUAUUACAUUUCAAAAAAUUCAUUUCAAAAUAUAAAUUUAUAUUUUUGAAUAGAUUUUUUGAAAUGUAAUGAAAAGUGUCAAAUGUAGUAAUAAGAGUGUAAGAUAUAUAUAGCUUGUUUGGGAUGUGAUAUAAAUAGCUAGCUUGGGAUAUGAUCCAAAAGUGAAGAGAUAUAUGAGGAAAAGAAUGAGGGGUUUUAGUGUGUAGUUUUUAAAAGGAUAUCAUUUCUACUUGUGGUGUGGUCCACUUUAGGGGAAACCAAGUGUUAUAGGUAAACUAUGAAGAGUGUCUAUAGGUAUAGGUAAGACAAAUUGCCUACUUUGUACAUUCCAUUGUUUUAAAUAACUAAAUAAUUUGAAGUUAAUAAUGUUUUUUUUUCCA